CUUAAUUAAACGCGAGCCGCAGAGCCCCGCGGUCUGGCGUCGUUUCCCUAUUCGCGUCUCUUUCUCCCGACUCCGCUCAAAAACCCUCGGCCACUACCCUUUCCCACUUUCGAUGCAGAGGUGUCAGAGCUUGGAUCAGCGGUGUCUAACGAGGUCAACGAGGUCGGAGAGACGGUGAUGUUCGUUGCGGGGGAGAAGAGGCAUCUGGACGUUGUCGUUGAGCUGUUGAAGUAUGCUGGUAAGUUGUGCGUGACGAAGAAUCGAUCUGGGUUCGAUGUGCGUGCGUGACGAAGAAUCGAUCUGGGUUCGAUGUGUUGCAUGUGGCGAGCAGAGAAGGGCACCAUGGUGGUGUGUGCAGAAACGAUUAUGUGCCUUCUCUUUUAUUAGUAUGAUGAAAGAAUUUGAAUGAGAUAAUGAGAGAUUGACUCACCCCAAAUUAUGAGGGUUUUCAUGACACAUAAAAUGGAUAAUUUGGCCCCUGGAUUGGGAUUUAUUCAUCCAUUCUAUAGGCGAGUCACUCACCCAUACAAGAAAAAUCUCUCUCCCUCUCUCUUAUCUCACUCCUGUAUCCUGAGGAUAUUCUGAGCGGAGGCGGUUGUGACAAUUUAUGAGGCAAUGCCUUCUAUUUCCAGAAGUCCCGUCAAAAAACAAAAAACAGGCAAUUUGAAGCAUGGAAGUAAAACAGGCAACCAUGGAAGUAAAUUAUUCAACAAGUCUUUGGACAGGAAGCACUGGAUUCUUCGACAAAGGAGAUCUCUUCCUAUUGCAUCAGUUGAGAGAAAACUUGUUGAUGAGAUAAGGAAGAAUGAUACUGUGAUAAUUGUUGGGGAAACAGGAAGUGGAAAGACUACACAAUUGCCACAAUAUCUAUUCAAUGCUGGAUUUUGUCAUAAUGGGAAAGUUAUUGGCAUCACCCAACCACGACGAGUUGCUGCUGUUACUGUGGCAAAACGUGUUGCAGAAGAAUGUGAUGUUCAAUUAGGUCAGAAGGUUGGUUAUGCAAUCAGGUUUGAAGAUGUAACUUCCAGUUUAACAAGGAUUAAAUAUAUGACUGAUGGCUUGCUUUUGAGAGAGGCAUUAUUGGAUCCGAUCCUCUCUAGAUAUAACAUCAUCAUAGUUGAUGAAGCUCAUGAAAGGACAGUUCAUACCGAUGUCCUCCUUGGCUUAUUGAAAAAAGUUCAAAAUGCAAGAUUAAAACAACACAAGCUUGAAAAACCAGAUAUAAACAGCCUUGUCAAGUUUGAUGAUGAAAUUCAGAAAUCAAACACGAAAUUUACUCCUUUGAAGUUGAUUAUAAUGUCUGCUAGCUUAGAUGCAAAGGGUUUUUCUGAGUACUUCUGCGGCGCUAAAGCUUUCUACAUUAAAGGGCGUCAGUACCCUGUGGAUAUACUCUAUACAUACCAGCCAGAGCCCGACUACGUUGAUGCUACUCUUAUUGCUAUUUUCCAGAUUCAUUUGGAGGAUGGUCACGGGGAUAUUCUUGCAUUUUUGACCGGUCAAGAAGAAAUUGAAUUAGUAGACAUUCUUGUCCACGAACGACUUAAACAAUUACCUGAGCGUAGUAGGAACAUUCUAACUGUUCCAAUUUAUUCAACACUUCCUUCGGAUCAGCAAAUGAAUGUCUUUAAGCCAACUCCAUCCAAUUUUCGUAAGGUCAUUCUGGCUACUAACAUUGCAGAAACUUCUGUCACCAUUCCAGGCGUCAAAUAUGUUAUAGACUCUGGAGUCGUGAAAUCUCGCUAUUACAAUCCCAUUACAGGGAUGCAGUCGUUAAUUAUUAUGCCAAUCUCAAAAGCUCAAGCUCUUCAAAGGAGUGGUAGAGCUGGACGUGAGGGUCCUGGAAAAUGCUUCCGGUUAUAUCCAGAAAGUGAAUUUUGGAAAUUUAUAGAUUCUACAGUCCCAGAGAUAAAAAGGUGCAACCUUUCAAACGUUGUACUAGAGCUUAAAGCCCUCGGUUUUGAUGAUAUUAUUGGGUUUGAUUUCAUGGAAAAACCUUCAAGGAGCGCCAUUAAACAAUCCCUGCAAGAGCUGUACCUUUUAGGGGCUCUGACCGAUGAUUGUAAAUUAUCUGAUCCAGUUGGGAUUCAAAUGGCUCGAUUUCCCUUGGAUCCCAUAUACUCUAAAGCUCUAAUGUUGUCUGGGGAAUUCAAGUGCUUGGAAGAAAUGUUGAUUGUGGUUGCAAUGCUCUCAGUAGAGUCUAUUUUUUACGCUCCGCGUGAAAAAUUAGAAGAGGCGAGAUCUGCAUGGAAAAAAUUCUCGAGUCCUGAUGGUGACCAUCUAACUUUUGUGACUAUAUUUCGUGCUGCUGUUGGGCACCUGGAGAAGAUUGGAGCUGCUAAUGUUAACGAGAAAAAAGUUGAGAAAAGUCUAAAUAAGUGGUGCAGAGAUAAUUUCAUCAAUAAUAGAUCGCUAAAGCAUGCGCUAGAUGUUCACAGUCAGAUUAAAUUGCAUUUAUUACAAAUGGAUAUGUCUCUGUCUUCAUGUGGGGAUGAUAUGCUUCAGUUUCACAGAUGCCUCACCGCAUCUUUCUUCCUCAAUGCCGCAGACAAGCAGCCUGAUGGAUCAUAUAGGGUUAAGGCGAAUGGACAGAGCGUGCAGAUCCACCCUUCUUCAGUGUUGUUUAGAACAAAGCCUGAGUGCAUAAUAUUUACCGAGUUGAUCCAAACUAAUCAAAUUUAUGUACGUAAAAUUUCUCGGGCAUGGUUGCCGGAACUUUCUCAGUAUUAUGAUGUAGAAAGCUAGGUUUGUUUCGUUAACUUAUUUAGUGUGUGGGGCUUUAGCUGGUAGCUGCAGCCAUGUAAACGUAUUGUAGAAGUAAUUUUUUUAUAAU